GCCUCAUGUGGAGGAGCUGAAGCCGCUCUCCUUCUCUCAUUCACCCUGAUGAAGUCAUUAAAAUCUCCUGAACCCUGAAUGAAACUCAGUGAUGGAGACUGAAGCCGACACAGCAAAGACCUUCUGGUCAGAGGUGGAUGUUGAUGGAGUGUUUGAUGAGCUGAUGGAGGUUUUGAGACGCUUACGACACACACUCAGACACAACACUGCCACUGACAGAGAGUAUGUUCAGGCCAUGAGGAUCGUCCAGGAGUCUAAGCUGAUAAGGACUGAAACUGAAGACUUGCUGUUGGAUGAAGAUAUCCUCACAGUGACGGUGUCUGAGCCUCAGUGUUCUCCUGAGAGUCUGCAGAAUGGCAUCGAGCCGGAGGAUCCUCAGCACAGCACGGCACGGCUCUACAGUGAUGUGGGCGUGGUCUGCAGUCACAUGUCCUCCAGCAGGCCUGAUCCCGCAGCUCCUCUCGUCUUCCAGCCGCACGUCUGCAGCUCCGCGUGUGUUCCGCAUCUGCCCGCACACACACACCACCUGCUGGGCCACAACCCGCUGCGCGCGCCGCUGCUGUGCCACUUCCAGCGUGUGUGUGACGACGCGGGCGUGGUUUACAAAGCGCCGUGUGGGCGGAGCCUGAGCUGCAUGCAGGAGGUGCUGCACUUCCUGCUGCAGACGCAGAUUGUGUGUGUGCUGCAGACGGACCACUUCAGCUUCAGCACGCAGGUGUGUGUGGAGCGGCAGGUGUGUGCGGCGCCGCUGCUGGAGCGGGACCUGAGCCGCGGGCUGGAGCCGGUGCCGGUGGCUCUGGUGAACACUGUGGACGGCGCGCGGCCGCGGGAGUUCCGGUACCGGAGAGAGCGCUGGCCGCACGGCUGCUUCCUCAGCGCAGAGCCGCUCUACAGUGUGUGCUGCGACUGCAACGACGGCUGCACUGAUGCGCACAGCUGCGCGUGUGUGAGGAGGACAGCAGGAGCAGCGUACACACACCAGCGCCUCACACACACACUGCGCACAGGGGAUCAGCAGCAGUUCAGCAUCAGCAGCGAGACGGAGGAUGAUCAGUGUGAGCAGGCGUUGAGAAAGAAGCCCAGAUUAAUGGAGUCAAACGGUCUGCAGGACAGCAGGACACACACUGUCACACACACACAUGACGGAGUGUAUUAUCUGGACGCGUCGAGGGAAGGAAACGUGGCUCGAUUCUUCACCCACAGCGAUGAUCCAAACCUCUUCAUCCAGAACGUGUUCACAGACACACACGACCCACAGUUCCCUCUGAUCGCCUUCUUCACCUGCAGACCAGUGAAAGCUGGAACUGAACUGACCUGGAGCUGCACAAACACUGAACAGCAGAAGACAGAAGAGAAACACUGCAGUGUGUAGGAGAACACACACACACACACACACACACCAGGAGGAAGCACAGCUCAAUGUGUGUUAGAGAGCGAGUGCAUGGGUGUAAGUUAAAGUGUGCGUGUGUGACUCAGGAUUCAGCUCAGUGGUUAUGAGUGUGUGCUGCUGUUUUGUGACACACACACUCACUGAUUUUCUCAGUCGCUGCACAAUAAAAUAUCUUUGACAAUAAA